AUGGACGGCCACCUCAGGGUCGAGCGCCUUUCGCCAUUUGAUUUGCUUAUGCCAAGAACGUAUGUUCGUAUGCUUCUCGUGUUUCGCACGUCUGCAUCAGUUGCAACCGUUUCUGAGAGGCUUAAUAUCGGCCUUGCAACUCUUUCGAAGCAGGCUCCUUGGAUAACGGGGCGAGUAUUUCCAACGACGCCAGUUUCAAGCGAGCCACAACGUCUCGAACUCCGAUGGAAAGUGGAAGCCGGACCCCUCGUCCUAGCCGACGUUGGUUCGAUAGCAGAAUCAUAUGAAGCUUUAUCAGAGGCUGGGAUGCCACCAUCAGCUUUCCCUCCUAGUGUCUGGCCCCUUGAUGAUAUGGAUGAAGACACCUUCUCCAGAGAAGGCGCAUUGGUCUUUGGUGCUAGUGUCUUCGGCUUUGCAGAUUACCAGGGGAUAGGCCUGGGUAUCUGCAUGCACCACAAUGUUACAGAUGCCACUGGGUUGACUGAAAUCAUAAAAGUGUGGGCCGGUAACAUUCUAGCAUCUGAACCAAUUACUCUACCUCCCCUCACGGGGAGAAUCGAAUAUCUAAGGGCGGCGCUCUCGGAUAAAAUAGAGAAGGCUUCAAACAAACCACUCGAUAAUCUUAUCAGGGAACUGCAGUCCAUCUUAGGAGAUUCCGCUUCGAAGCCCAUUACGACAAACACGCUUUUAUGUGGAGUCCUCUGGUCUGCAAUCACUCGUGCUCGUAUGCAGCGCAUGUUGGCGCGGCCAACGACGGAAUCGAGCCGGUUGAUUAUGGCCACAAACGCGCGGCGACACAUUGGGUCAGGAUCCUUUGGCUCCAACAGCGACUAUUUGGGCAAUGCCGUACUCUACUCUCUGGCCACAUCCACCUUGGGCGACUUGAGUGUAAGCCAGCCCAGCUUGACACAGGCACUCGCCAAAAUAUGCGACGUUGUUGCCGCGUCACAGUCACGAAUCGACGUAGAUCACGUCUCCGAGGUGUACAGCCUUACAGAGCGUAUGGAGGACUACAGGGCCAUCUUUCCAGGCUGGGACCUGUUCGGCUCCCGUGACCUCGUCAUCACCAGCUGGGCAAAUCUGGACAUUUACAAAGCAGAUUUUGGGCCCGAGCUCGGAACGCUUGAGUUUAUCAGGCCACCUUUCUCUGAGGCGGCGGAUGGAGUCUGCAUUGUUAUGCCAAGAAGGAGAAACAUCGACGAUGAGAAGCUGGACGUCAUGGUCAUGCUGCGCAAGGACGACUUAGAUUCUUUAGAGAAGGACGACAGAUGGAAAACUCUCGUAGGCUAG